AUGAUCAUUGCAGCUCUUGCAGUCGCAGUCCAAGCUGCGCCAACCGCUGGCGCUUCAGGCCCAUUUAGCAGCAAAGGAGGCAAAAGGAAAUUCUCAACUCUUUACAAGCGCAACCCAAAAUACGUCCACAAUACCACAACUGCUUUGCUGAACGCAUAUGCAAAGCAUAACUUGACACCGACUGGCAAAGUGUCCCAUGCAUUCCAAGAUGCGCUGGACAGACAUCAAAGUAAACACCGAUAUGCUAAAUGCUGGUCUUCAUAUCAGUAUCAUAUUUCUGUGCUUCUUGCAACCAACCAGGUCCUUCCAAUGUGUCUUGAUACAGGUAGUUCUACUUUCUGGGUUCCGUCUACCGAGCUCCCACCGAGUCUGCAAAAUACGCAAGCUCUGUAUUCGCCCUCCGAAAGUGCGACCUACGUUGCACUUCCCGCAUCAUCAAAAUUUGAUAUAACUUAUGGAUCUGGAGGGUGGUCUUCUGGAACCUGUGGCCUAGAGACUGUCCAAGUCGGAGAUUCGCAGGACAUGACGGGUGAUAUGGUCGGAUUCAGAGGCUUUGGCAUUGGGCUUGAAAAUUCAGCCUCUGACGGUUAUGCGCAGCAGGAUAUGCUGGGUCUCGCACCUCUAAACGGUCAGACUCCUUGUAGAGAUACCCAGAAUUUCUUCGGCUCGAUAGUAAGCCUCUUGAAGAGCCCGCUUUUCGCUGUUUAUCUGCCUGGUGCUGUGGACGGCUAUUACGACUGGGGUUACACCGAGGACAGUCGCCAUACAGGUACCAUUCAGUACACCGCAGUCACUUCGAGUAAUGGAUAUUGGAAAUAUCCGUCCGUCCAAUAUAAGGUUGGAGAUACAACAUAUAAUAUUGCCGGCCAAACGAGGAUAUCAGACACCGGCACGGCUGGGAUUUUGAUGCUUAACGCUACGUUAGAACAAUACUACAUGUCCGCGAAGGUUGGUGGAGUAUUCUCCAAUAAUAUUUGGCAAUUCCCUUGCUCAAGUAAGCUGCCUAGCUUUAGUUUCUUGGUUGGCGACACUAUAUGGGCUACUAUCCCUGGCAGUCUAUUGAACAGUGGGACAACCAACUCUGCAGGUACCAUGUGUGCAGGGCUUCUACAAGAUAGAGGAUCAUUUCCAAAAAAUAUCUACGGAGAAUUAAUGUUCAAUGCGUACUAUGGAGUCUUUGGGUAUGCUAGCGAUAACUCACUUCAAUUCGGAAUCGCACCAAUUGUCCCACCUUCUUAAACUCAUCGGAAAUGAGAAAAAACGGCGCUGUG